UAUAAGAUAAUCAUUUAUUAAUGAAAGACCAACCUCAGUCAAGUAAAUUUGACCAAGAGAGCAUUCUUCAAGAACAAAUUGUUAAGGAAGAGAAGAAAUCAGCUCUUCUUGCAGAAAAGCUCAAAAGGGAAGCUAAGAUGUACAACCAAAUGAGAGUUGAAGACCUGAUCAGACACAAGAAAAAAUUCAAAGCCAGGAACUUAGAUGGCAAAAUCCACAGUCCUCUCGUCCAGAAUUUUACAGUAGAGACUAGCCAAACUUUGAUAUUGGGCAAAGAAAAGAAUUCUUUGUCUGAUGAAGGAGAGAAAGAAUGGGAAUCAGAUAAUUCCAAAAAUCAUUCUGCCAACACAAGUAUUCUAUCUGACCAAAAGCCUCCAAUAUGAGCAAUUUGCUUAUCAGAAGUUAAGGAUCAGGUGAAACUUGACUGCAAACACAAGUUCUGAGCUGAAUGCAUUGGCUUCUAUUUGAUGUACCAGAUACAGAACGGCAUCACCGACAAUAAUUGUCCAGAUUGAUUAUAAAAGUGAUUGAACGAAGGAUUGUCAACAAGCUUAUCACUAAGAAACUUAGACUCA